AUGUUCAUCCCCACAACCCCUGUUCAUAUCUAUCUAUCUAUCUAUCUAUCUAAGUCUAGUCAUAUCUAUCUAUCUAUCUAUCUAUCUAUCUAUCUAUCUAUCUAUCUAUCUAUCUAUUCAAGUCUGUUCUUAUAUAUCUAUCUGUCUGUUUUAUCUAUCUAUCUAUCUAUUCAAUCUGUUCUUAUCUAUCUAUCUAUCUAUCUAUCUAUCUGUCUGUCUGUCUGUCUAUCUAUUUAUCUAUCUAAUCAGAUCUGUUCUUAUCUAUUUAUCUAUCUAUGUGUCUAUCUCAUCAAAUCUUUUCUUACCAAUCUAUCUAUUCAGGUCUGUCCUUAUCUAUCUAUCUAUCUACCUCUCAUUCCGCGUUCGUAUGAAUUUCAUAAACAAAACCAAUACAUCAAUCAAGCUAUAAACAUAAAUGUCUAUCUAUCUAUCUAUGUCCGUUCAUAUCUCUCUGCCUAUCUAUCUAAGUAUAUUCUUAUCUAUCUUCCAUCUAUGUAUUUAACUAUGUUCUUAUCUAUCUAUCUAUCUAUCUAUCUAUCCAUCUAUGUCCGUUCAUAUCUAUCUAUUUAUUUAAGUAUGUUCUUAUCUGUCUAUCUUUCAUCUAUCCAUCUAUCUAUUUAUGUUAUCUAUCUAUCUAUCUAUCUAUCUAUCUAUCUAUCUAUCUAUGUCCGUUCAUUAUCUACCUAUCUAUUUAUCUCUCCGUCUAUCUAUCUGUUUAUCUAUCUAUCUAAUCUGGGCAUAUCUAUCGAUCUAUCUAUGUAUUUUCCUAUCCUUCUAUCUAUUCAAGUGUGUUCUUAUCUAUCUAUCUAUCUAUCUAUCUAUCUAUCUAUCUAUCUAUCUGUUCAAGUAUGUUCUUAUCUAUCUAUCUAUCUAUCUAUCUAUCUAUCAUUCUGUUAUGUCUUUGUUAUGUCGUUAUUUUAUUGGAUUGUAUGA